AUUGUCUACACAUCUGUUUGCAUGGAUGAUGUUCCCAGUGAGCCUUCCGAUUUUUUCCCUCUUUCUGUAAAUUAUCAAGAACGCUUUUCAGCAGCAGGUCGAACUAGUGGAGGAUUUUUCAAACGAGAAGGGAGGGCAAAAGAUCAUGAGGUACUGGCCACCCCCUUCCAAGUGUAAAGAAUAUUUAACCAAGCUGAUAGCUGAAUCAAUUGCCUUUCAAUUAUUGAAUAUAUGCACUUUGUCAAUAAAACUAAAUCUAAUUUGUUACAUUCAUGGAUAUGAAUGGAGUUGUAAAGCACUUAACGUUUGAAAUUAUGGAAUCUAUCAACUGGGAGUUUAUGGUUCUUGUAUGGCAGCAAUAGUUUUGAACAUAUUUCUAUCCUUCAUAUGCUAGGUUUGUUUUGCUUCUGAAUUUGAUGGAAUGGAGUGGUCUUGAUGAUCUCCAUGCCCAGUUGCUAUGAGUUAGUGCUAUCAUUGGCUACUUUUGACCUGCUUUAUGAGUUCUGUUUACUGCUUCCAUGGCCUGCUUUGUUAUCUCCUUUAUUAAAUAGUUGUAUUCCUUGGAAUCAGCUCCUUCUUCUAUUUUUCUUUUAUCCAUUUCUUUGUAUUCUUAGUCAUUAUUCCCUUCUUUUGUAUUCUUAGUCAUUAUUCCCUUCUUUCUCCUAGUAAUGAUUUCUUUUGCUUCUGCUGUGUUGUUCUGACAAGCCACUUGAAUUGAUGAACUAGAAUUUUGUAGUUCAAGCGUGCAAACUCAAUUUAUCAGUGCGGUGGAAACAGCUGUUCCUUGGACACAGGGGAACAAGUAGAGAUAAAAGAAGUUAUCUAGUUUGAUACUUUGCUGGAGUUCUCAUUUGUAGAUUGAUUGAUAGGCCUUUGCGCCCAACUAUGCUCAAGGGUUUCUACCAUGAGACUCAGAUACUAUCUUGGGUUUUGAGCUAUGAUGGUUUGCAUUUCCCUGAUUCCUUAGCAGUUACAGCAGCUGGAAUAGCAGUGGCUCUUUCAGAAGUGCCAACUACAAAAGCAAUUGCUGGUGUUCGAGUUGGCCUUGUUGGGGAUAGGUUUAUUGUGAAUCCAACAACCAAGGACAUGGAAGAGUCAGAGCUUGAUUUAGUACUGGCUGGCACAGAGAGUGCAAUAUUGAUGAUAGAGGGUUAUUGCAAUUUCCUCCCAGAAGAAAAGUUGCUUGAAGCAGUACAAGUUGGGCAGGAUGCAGUACGGGCUAUUUGCAAUGAGGUAGAUGCAUUGGUGAAGAAGUGUGGGAAACCUAAGAUGUUUGACGCAAUCAAAUUACCCCCUUCUGAGCUAUAUAAACAUGUGGAGGAAAUUGCUGGUGACGAGUUAGUGAACGUGCUACAAAUAAGGAACAAAAUACCAAGAAGAAAGGCCCUCACAUCAUUGGAAGAAAAGGUUAUUAGUAUACUUACAGAAAAGGGAUAUGUAAGUAAGGAUGCUAGUUUUGGAACCACUGAAACAGUUGCAGAUUUGCUUGAGGAAGAAGAUGAGGAUGAGGAAGUUGUUGUGGAUGGUGAAGUAGAUGAAGGCGAUGUCCACAUAAAGCCAAUAUCACGUAAAUCCUCUCCCUUGUUGUUUUCAGAGGUAGAUGUGAAACUGGUAUUCAAAGAAGUUACUUCCAAAUUCCUGCGGAGGCGUAUUGUAGAGGGAGGAAAGAGAAGUGAUGGGCGAGACCCAGAUGGCAUACGCCCAAUUAACUCAAGGUGUGGCUUACUCCCUAGGGCCCAUGGAAGUGCUCUUUUCACCCGUGGAGAAACACAGUCGCUAGCGGUGGUCACACUCGGUGAUAAACAGAUGGCACAAAGAGUUGACAACCUUUUGGAUGUGGAUGAAUUCAAGAGGUUCUAUCUUCAGUACUCAUUUCCUCCAUCUUGUGUUGGGGAAGUAGGGCGAAUAGGAGCACCUAGUAGAAGAGAAAUUGGACAUGGAAUGCUUGCGGAGAGAGCUCUUGAACCUAUAUUGCCUUCUGAAGAUGAUUUUCCAUAUACCAUUCGAGUUGAGAGUACCAUCACUGAAAGCAAUGGCUCCUCAAGCAUGGCCUCAGUUUGUGGAGGUUGCUUGGCAUUGCAAGAUGCUGGGGUUCCGCUAAAAUGCUCAAUUGUUGGGAUAGCAAUGGGUAUGGUUUUGGAUACUGAAGAAUUUGGGGGUGAUGGAACACCACUUAUUCUAUCUGACAUAACUGGAUCUGAAGAUGCAUCUGGAGAUAUGGAUUUUAAGGUUGCUGGAAAUGAAGACAGAGUAACUGCAUUUCAGAUGGACAUAAAGGUUGGAGGAAUCACUUUACCUGUAAUGAGAAGGGCACUAUUACAGGCAAGAGAUGGCCGGAAGCAUAUUCUUGCUGAAAUGUUGAAGUGCUCACCUCCCCCUUCUAAAAGACUGUCUAAGUAUGCCCCAUUGAUUCAUAUUAUGAAGGUCCGUCCUGAGAAAGUUAAUAUGAUCAUUGGUUCUGGUGGGAAGAAGGUGAGGAGUAUUAUAGAAGAAACAGGAGUAGAGGCUAUUGACGCAGAUGAUGACGGAAUUGUAAAAAUUACAGCUAAGGAUUUGUCAAGUCUAGAGAAAUCCAAAUCCAUUAUCAGUAAUCUUACAAUGGUUCCAACCGUUGGUGAUAUUUUUAGGAAUUGUGAGAUCAAAUCAAUAGCUCCUUAUGGAGUUUUUGUUGAGAUAGCCCCAGGUCGUGAGGGACUUUGCCAUAUAAGUGAACUGACUUCGAGCUGGCUACCAAAGGCAGAAGACGCUUUUAAAGUUGGAGACCGUCUUGAUGUUAAACUUAUUGAGGUAAAUGAAAAGGGACAACUUCGCCUUAGCCGCAAGGCGCUACUUCCAGAACCAACUGUAGAGAAGCCCAGUGCAAAGCAAGAUGAAAAUGACCAAAAGACUCUGGCCUCACAAAAGGCAACUGAUAAGAGUAACCCUAGAAAAACUGUAAUUUCACCUCAGGAUGGUGUAACUGAAGAGAAGACUGAAAAACUUAAGGAUAAAACCAGUGAUGCAGUAGAGGACACUCCAGUUUCACAAAAGAAGGUUUACAAGAAGUUAGCCAGCUCUACCAGAGAUGGGCCUAAUGUUAACAAAGACAGGCCAAAAAAAAGCAACAAUAAAGUUGUCACUAGUGUUCCUACCAAAGAUGGAAAUACAUUAGUGAAUGGAGAAGUCAAAAUUGGAUAACAAGUACACCCUCUUCUUAAUUUUUGACAAAGAACUUGUUGGUCCUUGUAUUAUGGUAAAGGUGAUGGAUGAGCUGCAACUUGAAGUAAAACUGAAGUUAGUAGUUAAUUUCAACAUGCUGCAUCCAAAAGCUGGACUAAAGUUGAAGGACUAUGAUGCCAAGGAGCUCGUUCCUUUCCUGAGAGAGAAAGGCAAUGGAAUUUUCUGAAACAAUUGAUUCUUCUUACUUGAUUGAAACAAAAGAAACUCAACUUGUUUGCUGCAGAGGAAAACAUCUUACGGGGAUACAUUUGGGAUGCGUUUUUAAUUGAAGGUUUCAUGGUUUAUCCUUCUUGUAUCAUCUCCAUUCUCUCCUAAUCUCCAUCUUCUGGCUUGAGAAAUAUGUUUUGUAGUGCAUUUUUUUUUCCCUUUUCCUUUUCUAUGGUCGACGCUACUGUGUAAAUCUACUCGAAUUGAUAUUAAUUCCGCUGUCAACCACAGCUUAUCUUAA